AUGGAUUUUCUCGACGUUGCCAUUAUCGGAGGAGGUCCUGCUGGACUUACCGCCGCAGGUGCCCUAGCACGCCAACUUCACACUGCCGUGGUUUUUGACACUCAAACCUACCAUUUCCGAGCCGCAGCGAAAGCUGAUAUCUUGGCGAGCUACUCUACUAUCCAGUUUAUUGACAUUGGUGUCACGAGCAUCGAGAAGAAAUCUGACUCCCACUUCAAGCUUGUCGACGCAAAUGCUAAGGAGUGGAACUUUCGGAAGGUCAUUCUUGGCCUCGGUAUGACUGACACUCUUCCUAACAUUGAAGGCUAUGCUGAGCUCUGGACCAAGGGAAUAUUUCACUGUCUUUUCUGCUUCGGUUACGAAGAUCGUGGCGCCAAGUCUACAGGUGUUCUCGUGAUACCCCCUAUUAGUCCUAUGGCAGGUCUCAACAUGGUCAUAGCCGCAAAUGCCGCCCAGCUCAGUGACGAAGUCACUUUGUACACCCAUGGUGAUAAAGGGAUAGCUGCACAACUCAGUCCACUGGCCAAACCACCAUUCAAAAUUGAUACACGCAAGAUUGAACGCUUUAUCGACAACAACAGAUCCUCUGUCACAAUCAAGUUCGCCGAUGGUUUUGUCAAAGAGGAGACUUUUCUAGUCCACAACCCACAGAAUACAGUCCAAGGCCCAUUCAUCGAGCAGCUCGGUCUUGAUGUAAGCCCUACUGGAGAUAUCUUAGCACCACCUCCAUUUCAUCAAACCAGUGUCCGGGGAGUAUUUGCGGCCGGUGACUGCAUCACACCGUUCAAGGCUACUCCAGCUGCCAUUGCCAGUGGCUGUAACUCGGCUGUGGCAUUAACUGCGCAGUUGCAGGCGGAGAAGCAUGACCUCGCUCCACUAUUUUAG